AUGACGACGCCUCAAGCAACGUCCAGGUUCUCAACGUCGCUAGAGAAAGGAGAGGCGGGAGCUGUUGAAUGGAAAUGCGAGUACCCGUGUGGGAAUGAACGCAGCAGGGACGUGCUGAGGAAUGCACAAUCAGAAGUGGAGCCCCAAUCCCAAUGCGAGAAAUCCUGGGACAGGUUCAACAUUCGCCCAGAUAUCGAUGAGGAGGAAUCCUCGACUCGGGGUCUUCGGGUCUUCAGGUUGAUCCCCCUGACGCUGCUCUUCCUUGCCGUGUUCGGGACGGCGGUGCUCAGCAAGCUGAGCCUUGUGUACUUGGCCGAGAUGAAGAAGGUCGCCAGACAGGCCGGCGAACUCGGCCAGAACCAGUUCUAUUCCUGGGUCCUUGCCUUCGUUCUCGUCAUCCCCAACAUCUUCAGCUCCAUCCGCUGCGGCCUCCGGCUCGCCUUCAAGAACUCCGAUGCCUCCAAUUGGAAGAUUAUCGCUCUGAACUGCCUGCUGGAAGGCUUCAUCGGUCUCGGCUCAGCCCUCAUGGCCAUCGUCAUCCUCCCGGCGGAUUCGGCGAACCUUCUCAGCAGCAUCCUCCUCCUCAAUGGUGUCACCCUGGUGCCGAGCGCGCUGCAGUUCGUCGGAAGAUGGACGCGAGGCAGGAAGCCGCCCAGGACGUCCAAGCUCCUGAGCCUGGCCUCCCUCUGCUGCUGUCUCGGCGCAUUAGCGCUGUCGGUCGCCAAGGUGGCAUUGACGGCGCCCAACGGCGGCUCCACGGAGGCGGGAAUGAUUGCCCACCUGGCGCUGCUGCUGGUGAGCCUGCUGCUCGUGUCCCUGUCGUGGUGGGAGAACUUCCUGCCCGCCGGCUGGCUCCGGGGAUUCCGCGACGCCGUUGGCGAAUCGCGGAACCUCGCCGAGUUCUACGGCUCGCUCGUGCGCACGAUCAUCAUCGUGGCGGUCGUGCUGCUGGACGCGGGCGUCGAGGGCGAGUGGAGGAGCUUCAGCGCCAUCGGCGGCAUCGCGGAACACCGCGAGAGCGUGGCGCUCGCCCUGGCUCUGUUGGGCGUGCAGGCAGGCGCCUCCAUCCUCUGCAAGUGGCUCGCGAACGCCGCCUGCAAGAUCCGCCAGCAGAGGAGCUGCUUCGCCGCGCCGCUCUGCCUCGCCACGCCCGCCGCCCUGGCGGUCGUCGUCGCCCUCCACUUCGUGCUCGACGCCUCGGGCGACUCUCGCUAUGACUGCGAGUCGGUCCGACGGUGGAACGGCUCCGAGCAGACGACGUCCGCAACUACCUCACUCUUCUAUGACCGCACGGCCGCUGCCGUCUGCUCGUUCGUGGGUCCUGGCAAGGACUCAGUGGUGGAUACCGUGCUCACGUUGGGCGCCGGGGCGCUGUGGUUUGCGGCGCUGCUGCUGGCGGCGGCGCCCGCGUUGCGCCCGGGCGGUGCAAUGCGCAUGGAGCGCACACGCGAGCUCUUCGUGCGCCGCGCCCCGCAGCCCGCGUGUCUCGUCGCGGGACUGCUGCUCAACCGGCGGCAGCAGCAGGAGGAGGUGGAGGAGGAGAGGAGCAGCCAAGAGCAAGAGAGGGUGAAGAUCUAUCUGUGCGCAACCAUGUGGCACGAGACCAAGGAGGAGAUGACGAAGAUCAUCUCGUCCAUCCUGAGGGAGAAGGAGGAAAAGAAGGGGAAGACAGUGAAGCGGGAACCGUACGACUUCUCGGCUCACAUCUACUUCGAUGACGCCUUCGAGAUGAAGGGAGAUCACAUGGUGGUCAACCAGUUCGUGACCAGCCUCAUGGACGUCAUCGCCGAAGUGUGCCGGUCAGUGCACCGGACAACGAUACGACUCAAGGCGCCGUCAAUGGAGAGGACUCAGACGCCGUACGGAGCGCGACUCUCCUACAAACUCCCGCACGGCAACUCGCUGUGCGUGCACCUCAAGGACAAGGAGAUGAUCCGCCAUCGCAAGCGGUGGUCACAGGUGAUGUACAUGUACUACCUCCUUGGCUGGAAGAUCUACCGCAAGAUCCACACAGUGAAGAAAGAUGAACAAGAGGAAUGGGUGGAGAAGCGCAACACCUAUGUGCUGGCCUUGGACGGAGACACGGACUUCUACCCCUCGGCGCUCUCCAUGCUGAUCGACCGACUCAGGAGGGACCCCACCGUUGGCGCCGCCUGCGGGAGAAUUCACCCGACGGGUGUGGGGCCGCUCAUCUGGUACCAGAAGUUCGAGUACGCGGUAGGCCACUGGCUGCAGAAGACGGCCGAGCACGUGCUGGGCUGCGUUCUCUGCAGCCCUGGCUGCUUCAGCCUCUUCCGGGCCAAGGCCAUCAUGGACGACAACGUCCUCAAGACCUACACCACCGUGGCCACCGAGGCCCUGCAGUACAUCCAGUACGACCAAGGCGAGGACCGCUGGCUGUGCACGCUGAUGCUGCAGCAGGGCUGGCGCGUCGAGUACUGCGCCGGAUCGGACGCCUACACCAACGCCCCGCAGGAAUUCAAGGAGUUCUUCAACCAGCGGAGGCGGUGGGGCCCCUCCACGAUGGCGAACACCUUCAGCAUCCUGGAGAACGGCGUCCGCACGGCCAAGAAGAACCCGUCCAUCUCUCGGCUCUACAUUCUCUAUCAGAUCAUCUACAUGGCCACCUCCAUCAUGGGUCCGGCUACUGUCUGUCUCAUGAUUGCAGGAUGUUUCACUUUUCUUUUCAAAAUGGACCAAAACUGGGCACUCCUCAUUGCCAUCAUUCCGCCUGCUCUGUACAUCGCCGUCUGCUUCAAGACGAAGCCCGACACGCAGAUCAAGGUGGCCAUGGUACUCACCGUGGUCUACAUGUUUCUCAUGACGGGCACGCUGCUCGCUUUGAUCGGCGACCUCAUCAAGAACGGCAUCCUCACGCCCAGCGGCAUCUUCUUCAUCACACUUGCGGGCAUCUACCUCAUCACCGCGGUGCUGCACCCACGCGAGUUCUUCUGCAUCGUGCAUGGCUUCAUGUAUUUUAUCUGCAUCCCCACGGGAUACCUACUGCUGCUCAUCUACUCGCUGGUCAACAUGUAUAACGUAUCGUGGGGCACGCGCGAGACCAAGGCACCUUCUGAGCCCACCCCAAAAGAGAAGAAGAAAAGCAAGCAUCGUUGCAAUGAUGCGAAAUGCUGUGUGCUGCCACUCGAUUGGGACUGCUUCCAGUGGAGGAUCAGCGUCUAUCCGAAGGAAUAUGCGGCGAUGAGUCAGGAGGAUGACAUUUCAAGCCGAGUGGAAUCGUGCGCGGUGGAACUCGAAGAAGAGACGACGCUACGUCCACUCGAGGCGAGACAACAGGACACCACGAGCACUCAGAUGGAGCAUCUAGAAGGAGCAGAGAGCGAAAGACGACCUCCAGAGGAAUCAGACACGGACCUCGCCCUCCAUGCCAAAGGGUGCCAUGACCUCGUGUGGCAGUGCCACCACAAGAUGCAGGUCAUGUUUGAGAACGUCCUGCCUCAGGGUUACACUAUGACACAGAGAUGCUCCCUCGAUCAGGAGGAAGACGAGUUCUGGAAGAGCAUGAUCAGCGACUACCUCAAGCCUCUGGAGGAAGACAAUGUUCACAAGAAACGUGUGAAUCAGGAACUCUUCGAGAUAAGAAAUAAGGGCACGUUUGUCUACUUCUUGAUCAACGCGCUGUGGCUGGUGGCGACCCUGGCACUGCAGUUCGUGGGAGCCGUCCUUAACAUCAAGAUCCCGAGCACGAAGAAUGAGGGGACGGUCAUCGACGUGCCGCCCCUCGCCUUCAUGUUCCUCAUCACCACCGCCAGCAUGCUCAUAAUCCAGUUCCUGGCCAUGCUGUACCACAGGUUGUUCACGCUGCUGCACGUGCUCUCCUAUGGGGAGUCGUCGUCAUCGUCGUCAUCGUCGUCACGGCAGCAAUCGAGGAGUGGUGCUGUGGGCGGAGACAACGAAGCGUUCGUCAAUGACGGAGACAAUGAUGAUGAAACUCAGCAGUGCCGCCUCAGAGAGAUCGUCUAA